CCAAUGUAGCCUAAAAGUCCAUAACCUGUAUUUUUGCCAUAAUUUCAGCACCUAUAGGCCUACUGGUUCCUAUCGGUCAAAACCAAAAUUAUAACUCAGACGGGCUGGUUGGAACCUUUUACAGUCUAUGGUUGGAACAGGGGCAGGUUAGAACAUAUUCAGGCUACUAGGGGGAGCUGCAACAAAAUUCCAACACUAAACUGACGGCCUUCUUGAGUAGAGUAAAGUCACGAUGUAACAGGUCUCCAGGUCAUUAAUCCUUUAGGAUGGCUGUCCUCAGGUGCAGCAGUGGAGUUUGAGUGACAUCGGAGAAUCCAGACUGUGUGGAUGGACUCACCCAGUCAGUCGCCCCCUAGUGGGGCUUCAGGAGAGGUCAACAUCUUAGCUGUGGCUGGAAGUCAUGUCUCAGCUCCAACUCAGUCACACAACACAGUCCAGGGCAACAUCAGCAACACCUCACAUCACCAUCUUCAUCAUCAUCACCAUCAUCACGGCACCCGGGAUUCAGCUAUAGCCAAACCCAUACAGGAAGUAGCAGACCUGAUCCAAAUGACCUCUGAUUAUAAGAAGUGGAUCUGCUCACAGUAUGAGAGAGUGCAAGAGUACAACUCACUCCCAUGUGAAGAUGUGGCAUUGACUGACCGCUACACUGACCUGCUGAUAGUCCAGAAACACGGUGAGGAGGAACAGAAAAAAAGGGAGAUCUCUUUCAGAGGGGAAAGUUUCUUCAGUGCCAGAGAGACAUACCAAAGCACCACUGUGGACCAGUUAUUCAGGCCUGAUGGUCGAGAUGUUCCUAAAGCAGUCAUUCUUCAGGGCCACUCUGGACAUGGCAAAUCCUUUACGUUACAGAAGAUCAUGUUGGACUGGGCAUCAGGCAACCUCUACCAGGAUCGAUUUGAACUUAUUUUACAUUUGAGAUGUAAAGAGCUGAACCAUGUUACUGUACAAAGAUGUGUGAUAGAUUUUGUGAGCUGCAGUCAGACAUUUACCCCACUGAUCUCACAGAAGCUAAAGGACUCACCACAGAAGGUACUCGUCCUCAUAGAUGGAUUUGAUGAACUGCAAUUCACAAUGAGUGAAAUCAAUAACUCAUCUGUGACAGACCAUUUCACACCAGCUCCUGUUAAGGGCAUUCUGAGUGCUCUGUUGAAGGGGUUAAUCCUUUCUAAUUGCUUCCUGCUGGUCACCACCAGGCCCACUGCUGCAGACACGCUGAGCAAAUUGCUCAAACGCCCUCAGCGUUACACUGAGACUCUGGGUUUCUCUGAGAGGGGGGUGCAGAAGUACUUUGAGAAGUUCUGUCAAGAUAAGCAGGUAGCAGAGAAGGCAUUGAGCAGAGUAAAGGCAAACGAAACACUCUUCACUUCCUGCUCCAUUCCAGUCUUAUGCUGGAUUGUGUGCACAGUUUUCAGGGAUCAGUUGAAAGAAAAUUCUGAAAUGAAUAAUGACCUGGAAACAACCACCUCCAUAUUUGUGGACUUUGUGUCCACUCUGCUCAAGCACCACUGCCAGGGUUUAAGUCAGCCUGUCCCCACUCUGCUGAGGAGCCUGGGCCAGCUGGCAGAGAGAGGGAUGCUGGAGCAGCGAGUCCUGUUUGAGAAAGAGAGUGUGGAAAGUAAAAUCUCAGAUCUAGCAAGUGUUCCCUUCCUGUGCAAAUUCCUCCUGAAGAAGAAAGUCCGAAAGAAAGAAAUGUUCAGUUUCAUGCAUCUGAGUUUCCAGGAGUUCUUCACUGCACUCUACUACACCUUUGACCAGAAUGAGGAGAAAGUCGAAGAGCUGCUCAAAUCUUUCCAAGGGGAUGAAAUGAAAUCGCAUCUCCUACCUGUCAUUCAGUUUCUGUUUGGCCUCUCAAAUAGAGAAGUCAUGCAGGACUUAGAGCAUCUCAAACUGCCUUCCCCAUCCUCCAUUCGAAGGCAGCUAGAAGAGUGGAUGCUUGGACUCAUCAAAAGGAAUUCGGACUCUAUGAAGGCUGGCAUGACCCUCUUCAUACUCCACUGUCUCUAUGAGCUCCAUGAGGGAAAGCCAUGCGAGGACAACCAUGAGGAAACUCCAUUUGUGCGCAGAGCCAUGGAGGCUUGGGGUGUGAUGAAUUUUUACUCCAUUCCCCUGACGAGGACAGACUGCUGGGUGCUGCUCUACUGCCUGCAGUGCUGCCCGACCAUCAGAAGCCUGAAUCUCGAAAAGUGCAACAUAACAGCAGACAAGCUGAGGAUGCUGCAGCCUGCACUGAGCAGGUGUGAGGAGCUGGGGUUGGCUGUGCAGGACCUAUCUGAUGAGGAUGUAGAUGUUCUGAUCUCGGCGCUCGGGAAGGACAAGCUCUUGCACCAACUGUAUGUAGACCACAGCAGUCUGUCAGAGGAGAGUGUGCAGCAGCUCCUGAGCGCCCUCUCAAGGCAGAAGUGUGUCGGUGCAGUUAUGCUGUCCGUGAGGACCAUCUCCUUCUCCACUGCUGAGAGGCUCCUGCAGUUCAGCAGGACACAGAUGAAGGGCCAUGUGGUGGUGGUAUGCCUAUCUGAGGAGACGGGACCAGAUGGACAGAGUCUGUGCUCAGGUGUUAUACUGGGUCGAGAUCAGGACAAUUCUGUCUUAGGGAUCGCCCACUAUGGAGAUUCUUCCCCUGAAUCAGAAACCUCAGGACUGCAGCUGGCGCUUCAUCUCUCCUCAGAGCUCUCCAGCACCAAGCUGAGGGAGACCCUCCACAUGUUUCACCAGCUGACACAUUCAGCAGAGAACAGUCCAGAGUAUGACGAGUGUGUGGAUGCUCUAAUGGCGCAUCUGUCCUCUCUGCCUGAUCUGAUGAAGGUGACUCUGUUGACGGGCUGCCUGACUGAGAUCUGGGCCAAUAGGAUCCUCACCCUCAUCCACACCUGCCCCCAGUUAAGGGAAGUCCAGUUUGGUGCCUCCAUCUGUGACUCGAGCAGGGGUGAGGAGGAGAGGGGCCUGCUUCUGGAGGAGGGAAUCUGCUUACUACAGGAGGCCCAGAGGCGUCCAGACUGCACCAUCUCUCUGAUCGGGAAACGUUGCUGUCUGCCCGUGGACCCAUGCACUAGACUACAGGACCGGAAGCUCCGCUGUAAUAUUCUGGUGGAAAUGGAUGAGAAGAAAUGUGCUUUAAAGGAAUCUGUGAAGCCAACUGACUACAUACUCUCAGCAGAGGAGCUGCGCAAGCUGCUGCCUAAACUGUCCUGUUGUAAGCAGAUAAAGUUGAAAGCAGUAGCAGACCUGUCAGAUGCUGAUGUUGGUGAUUUAGUCUCUGCCCUGGGGGAAGGGGACACCCUGCACACACUGCAGCUGUUUGGCAGCGGUCUGUCUGAUGAGGGUCUGCAGCAGCUGCUGAGAGCUCUGUCCAGGCAGGCGACCGUUGGGAAGGUUGAGCUGGCCGUGCAGACCAUCACUCUCCCUGCCGCUCGCGCGCUCCAACGCCUCUUUCAGCACACUCAGAUAGGGGAGCAUGUGGGGGUGUACCUGUCUAGGGAGGAAAUAAGAGCUGAAGACAGCCUCUGCUCAUCUAUCUUUUUGACAAGAGAAAAGAGCAACUUCAUGCUGGCUGUGAAUCACUGGAGAGAUUUGUCUCCAGAAUCAGAAAACUCUGGACUUCUGCUCCGGGCUGAGCUUGAGACUGCAGACAUCGCCUUGGAUGAAGUGUUCCGAAGGUUCCACCUGUUAAAGGAAAAUACAGGGCAUGAUGAGCAUGUGGCUGGUCUGUUCUCCGUCCUGGCCUCUGUGCCUGGCCUGAAGUUUGUUGAAAUCGUUAUGGACUGCCUGACCAUCGGCUGGGCCAAUAGCAUGCUCUCUUUGUGCAACACCUGCUGCAGUCUGGACGGUGUAUGCAUGAAUCUACCAAAGCCCACUGACAGUGCUGAAAGUCUGUGUUCAGCUUACGGACUCGGAAGAGAUGGGACCCUUUUCAGGUGGAGUGUUGCCCACUAUAGAGAUUCAUCCCCUGGAUCCGAAACCUCUGGACUAGAGAUCAGACUGUUUCUCUCCUCAGAGGUCUCCGACACCAUGCAGAGGGAAAUCCUGCACAUGUUCCAUCCGCUGAAACACUUAGCAGAGAACAGUCCAGAGUACGAUGAGUGUGUGGAUGCUCUAAUGGCGCAUCUGUCCUCUCUGCCUGAUCUGAUGAGGUUGUAUGUUGGGACGAACUUCCUGACUGAGAUCUGGGCCAAGCGGAUCCUCUUCCUCAUCAACACCUGCCCCCGUUUGCAGGCAGUGUGGUUUAACGCCGUGGUCUGUAAUGAGAGCUUUGUGUCAGAGGACUGCCUGCUGCUGAAGGAGGGAGUCCGCUGCCUGCAGGAGGCAAACAGGCACCCAGGCCGCAUCAUCAGACUUAAAGGGUUGCGCUGCUGUAAAGCCACUGAGCCGUGCACUCAGCUCAAGGACAGGACCCUGAGCUGCAACCAGCUGGUGAGGAUCCGGAUGAAGGGAGAGUCCUACACGGAGAGAAUGACCGAGUGGACGGAAGCAGAGAGAGAGGAGAUGAAGAAAGAGGGGAUGGAGAGAGAGGAGGAGAUGGAGAGAGAGGGGAUAGAGAAAGCGGUAGUGGUAGCAAAGGAGGUGACGUCAUUCUGCAUUCGAAACCUACCGACACUAACCGAGAGCUACACGAGCGCUGUGAUCAGCCCGAUCAGACAGCCACCCGGCACCAUGGCUGCCAUAUUGGAAAGGAAGUAA